ACUCGCUCACACCCGGCGCACACGCGCCCCUCUGCAGACGCGGUGCACUCGCGCGGCUGCAGUCCAGCUGCUGGCUCGGGCGGCGGGGACGGGGACCCACGUCCUCUGGCGUCUCCACCACCGCAGGCUGCUGGGAGCCCAGCGCUAGGCGACCCGGCUGCCUGAGCACGCUCCUGCUCCGCGACCUCCAGCCCUCUAAUUGCCCGCAGAGAGCGGGCGGGAUCCGAAAGAGCCCAGGGGAGCUUCUUCGGCGGGGUGUGCCGAGCGUGUUCGGUGCCCAGCUGAUGGUUCUGUGAGGGAAAGGAGCUGUACAACAGUCCUGACAUUCAGAUCUGUAGCGACGGUGGGGAGCUGCACACCUUGGUCAUUGCUGAGGCCUUUGAGGACGACACAGGUCGCUACACGUGUCUGGCUACAAACCCCAACGGCUCAGACACCACAUCCGCAGAGGUGUUCAUUGAAGGAGCCAGUUCCACAGACUCUGACGGUGAAAGCUUACCUUUUGUAUCAAAAGCUGGAGCUAUGCCACAAGCUCAAAAGAAAACCACUUCUGUUUCCUUGACCAUAGGAACCUCAUCUCCCAAGACAGGAGUGACCACAGCUGUGAUCCAGCCCUUAUCUGUUCCUGUGCAACAGGUUCACAGUCCGACUUCGUAUCUCUGCCGACCUGAUGGAGCCGCCACGGGCUGUCUUCUUCCUGUUUUUACUAAGGAACUACAGAACACAGCAGCCUCCGAGGGCCAGGUGGUGGUCCUGGAAUGCCGAGUCAGGGGAGCACCCCCGAUGCAGGUCCAGUGGUUCCGGCAAGGGAGUGAAAUCCAAGACUCUCCAGACUUCAGAAUUCUCCAGAAAAAGCCUAGAUCAACAGCUGAACCUGAGGAGAUCUGCACCCUUGUCAUUGCUGAGAGCUUUCCUGAAGAUGCAGGCAUCUUUACCUGCUCAGCCAGAAAUGACUAUGGAUCAGUGACCAGCACUGCUCAGCUUGUUAUCACCUCGGCCAACACUGACAACUGUAGCUAUGACUCAGUAGGAGAGCCCAACAGUGAUCACGACCAACACUUUCCACCUCCCCCUCCAAUCUUGGAGACAGGUUCCUAUGAGAUGGCAUCCCAGAAGCCAUCUGAAAUCCAGCAGGUGAACAGCCCCGACUUAGGACUUAACAUGGCAACACUUCAAAUGCAAUUCAACUCUUCGGAGAGGGAGACCAAUGGAGUUCAUCCCAGCCAUGGAGUCAAUGGGCUGAUUAAUGGCAAAACUUAUGGCAAUAAAUCUCCUCCAACACCAGCUGCCCUGCUUUCGCCCACUAAGGAACCACCACCUCUGCUUGCCAAACCCAAACUGGAUCCUCUGAAGCUUCAGCAGCUGCAGAACCAAGUGCGCUUGGAGCAGGAGGCGGGUGCCUGGCCCCCGGCGCCCCCGGGUCUCCCUUGCAACAGCAGCAGCAGCGGCAGCAGCGCGCCCCCGUCGCCGCCCUUCCCGCCGCCGCCGCCCGCCUUCCCCGAGCUCGCGGCCCGCGCGUCGCCGGUGCCCGCGGAGCCCAUGAGCGCGCUGGCCUCCCGCGCCGCCACCAUGCAGUCCUCGGGCUCCUUCAACUACGCUCGCCCCAAGCAGUUCAUCGCCGCGCAGAACCUGGGCCCGGCGUCGGGGCUGGCCACGCCCGCCUCCAGCCCCAGCUCGUCCAGCCUGCCGUCGCCUCUGUCCCCGACGCCCAGGCCGUUCGGCCGCGCGCCCGGGCCACCCUUCGCGGAACCCGAGGCCAUGUGGGGCCCGUCCUCGCCCUCGCCGCCACCGCCACCGCCGCCCGUCUUCAGUCCCUCCGCGGCCUUCCCGGUGCCCGACGUGUUCCCGCUGCCGCCGCCGCCGCCGCCGCCGCCGCUGCCCAGCUCCGCCUCGCACUGCGGCUCGCCAGCCCGCUUCGGCCCCGGCCAGACGCCCGCAGCCUUCCUCAGCGCCCUGCUGCCCUCGCAGCCGCAGCCCGUCGCUGUCAACGCCCUGGGGCUGCCCAAGGGCGUCACCCCCGCGGGAUUUCCGAAGAAGGCCAGUAGAACUGCUAGAAUAGCAUCUGAUGAGGAGAUUCAAGGCACCAAGGAUGCUGUCAUUCAAGACCUGGAACGGAAACUUCGCUUCAAGGAGGACCUUCUGAACAAUGGCCAGCCGAGACUAACAUAUGAGGAAAGAAUGGCCCGCCGCUUGCUGGGUGCCGACAGCGCAAAUGUCUUCAACAUCCAGGAGCCGGAAGAAACCGCAGCCAAUCAGGAGUACAAAGUCUCCAGCUGUGAGCAGAGGCUGAUAAGUGAGAUAGAGUACAGGCUGGAGCGCUCUCCUGUGGAUGAGUCGGGGGAUGAGGCGCAGUAUCCCGAUGUGCCUGCAGAAAGCGCAGCCGCGCCCUUCUUUGAGAUGAAGCUGAAACAUUACAAGAUCUUUGAGGGGAUGCCUGUGACGUUCACGUGUCGAGUGGCUGGGAACCCAACGCCAAAGAUCUAUUGGUUCAAAGAUGGCAAGCAGAUUUCCCCAAAGAGUGAUCACUACACCAUUCAGAGAGACCUUGAUGGGACCUGCUCCCUCCACACCGUGGCCUCUACCCUCGACGAUGAUGGGAACUAUACAAUCAUGGCUGCCAACCCUCAGGGCCGUGUCAGUUGUACGGGACGGCUAAUGGUGCAGGCUGUCAACCAAAGAGGUCGCAGUCCCCGCUCUCCCUUGGGCCAUCCUCAUGCCAGAAGGCCUCGCUCUCGAUCAAGGGACAGUGGCGAUGAAAACGAGCCCAUUCAGGAGCGAUUCUUCAGGCCUCACUUCCUGCAGGCUCCUGGAGAUCUGACUGUCCAGGAAGGCAAGCUCUGCCGGAUGGACUGCAAAGUCAGUGGGUUACCAACCCCAGAUCUCAGCUGGCAACUUGAUGGGAAGCCCAUCCGCCCUGACAGUGCUCACAAGAUGCUGGUCCGUGAGAAUGGAGUACACUCCCUCAUCAUAGAGCCGGUCACGUCCCGGGAUGCUGGCAUCUACACAUGUAUUGCCACCAACAGAGCAGGACAGAACUCUUUUAACCUGGAGCUUGUGGUUGCUGCUAAAGAAGCACACAAGGCUCCCAUGUUUAUUGAAAAGCUGCAAAACACAGGGGUAGCUGAUGGGUACCCAGUGAGGCUGGAAUGCCGAGUUUUGGGAGUACCACCACCUCAGAUAUUUUGGAAGAAAGAAAAUGAAUCUCUCACUCACAGCACUGAUCGAGUAAGCAUGCACCAGGAUAAUCACGGCUACAUCUGUCUGCUCAUUCAGGGAGCCACAAAAGAAGACGCUGGCUGGUAUACUGUGUCGGCCAAGAACGAAGCAGGCAUUGUGUCCUGCACUGCCAGGCUCGAUGUCUACACCCAGUGGCACCAGCAGCCACCGACCACCAAGCCAAAAAAAGUACGGCCCUCGGCCAGUCGCUAUGCGGCACUUUCGGACCAGGGACUAGACAUCAAAGCCGCCUUCCAACCUGAAGCAAGCCCACCUCACCUGACACUCAACAGCGGCUUGGUAGAAAGUGAGGACCUGUGAUCAGCACCUCUGCUGAAGCUGAAAACUGAUCGCCAUUGCUUCAACCAACAUACUCCUCUGUCACACUAUGUAAAAGGCAGAAGUAUACUUUUGACUUUAAGAAAUUUAAAAAAACAAAAAAAACCAAAAACACCAAAAUCCUAUUUUUCUUACCUGAUAGGGAAUCUAAGUAAGUGAUGCUUAUCAAAAUGUACACAUUGCACAGAAAAUUCACAUUUGUUGUCCAAGUUAAAACUUUUGGAAUUGGUUGUGAUUAAAAUGGUCUGAAAUGCCAAAAUGCCAAGUAAACUCUUCAAAGGUGACCAUGAUUUAAGCUAUCUACAAGUGCCUUCAAACACAGGCUGUGGGUGCUGUAAUGUGGCGUGUGAAAUGUUUGACAGAUACUACAGGGACUCUCAAGUGUCUACAGAUGGUUACCCUAACCAAGUGCAAUAUGGAAGGGUGGGAAAGAGUGAUGGAAAAUCCAAGUGAAUGCCUUGUCUUUGCAAACCGCUCCUGUUAAAUCAGAAAGAAGGAAUUCCUUGCCUUCGAUUUCAUCCGUAUCAGGAGUUUCCUUUCUAUGCUACUUCAGUACAAAGCUUACAAUCUAUAGUAACUAAAAGGCUAAUUUAAACUUAAGCCAUUUCAGUUGUUCUGGAGAAAGCAGACCUGUAUUACAGUCCAUUCCACACAAGGCAUCCGAGCCACCCAAAUGACCAAGGCAUGUAGUAUUUGGAGGAAACAGGUUUGGAAGGCAUGGGAAGAAGGAAGGAAGGAAUUGCUACCCACACAGGGAUCUCACAUCCAUUUAGAUGAAAGCAUCAGGGGGGACAGGCCCUUCGUUGGUUUUCUUCUAAACCUUAAAAACAUAGAUGCAAAGACACUGCCGUGAACCAGCCGAGGGCUCCAGGGGGUCACGUGGAAGUCUGGAGCGCAUGAGUGGUAGCGACUUCCAUGUAGCUGAAGUGUGUAGUAGUUGAUGAUGUUAGUGUGUAGAGUAAGUUGGACAUGGGCUGAGACUGUAAGGGUGGUAAGUGAGAAGUAGCCUAUAGGGUCCAGUCUGCCAGAGGGGAAUGGAGACUUGAGAGACAGAAACAAGCUUGUGCUACAAUGAAUUUCUUUUCCGUUGGCACUAAGAGGUGGUGAAUGGAAAUUUCUAGUCCCUUCACUUCCCUGAUGCCAUGGAACCUAGCCUUAAGAAGGGCCAGGCUCUGAGCAUCUACAAGGCCAAGCUGCAAAGACCGACUUUUGCAUGCACGAUUCUGCCUCAGCUAAAUGGAGUUGAUUCUGACCAGACUUGAUAACUUUAAGUCGGAACCAAUAUUUUUCCUUGUCAAUGAGAGAAAAUAAUUCGGCCUGAUAGUAUAAAACAUGAGGCUUUAAUGGUACUUUGCUACGAAAAGAAGACACUGUGUUCCUCAUGCAAAACAUACCUAUUGCUCAUUAUUUAUAAAAGUGUUGAACUUUCUUAGCUCAGUUACUCGAUUCAUACAUAGUGCUUCUUAAACUAAUUUUAUAUCUGUAACCACCCCAUAUAUUUUGUAUUACUGCUUCACAUGUACAGCUUUCUACUUUUAUAAGAACACCAACCAACCAAGUUUUAGCAGGCUUGAGCACAGGGUGGCAGAUGUUCUCUACAGUGUGGUACCAGUCUCUGACCACAGACACAUGGCUAAUGGGGGAUUUAAGUAACCAUGCAGGGUCUUACGGACCUAUCUCUGUUGUAGAAUUGUGACCUAUAUUAUAUCAUACUUGCCAAAUUUUCCUGAAUGUGACUUUUUUUUUGCUAAUUUACCGGGCUUGGGAUUAGCUAGCAUUCUUUGGCCGCCUUUUAUGUUGUAUUUAUGAAAAAACAAAAACAAAACAAAAAAAGUACUACCAUACUUUGGAUUGUUAUGCUGUUGUAAUGUGGACUUAAUAUCAAUAAAUAAAUAUUUAACA